AAAAAAAAAGGCACUACGGUCUACGUAUUAAAUUAUUUACAAAAAUGCCGCCAAAGCUUACUGCCCGUACACUUGCUCUGCCCGUCGUCUCCUUCACUGGAGCAUGCCUACUACUCGCCUACACUCGGACGUCCAUGAUGGUCGCGCGCCGAGUGACACAGCGCAACGCCGGCACCAACAAUACGCUGAAAUCGUACUUUGGCCCGAAUGACCGUCCAUCAAGGUUCGAUGGCCUGCGAGCCUCUAUGAGAUCUUCUGAUCCUUAGAUGACAAUAGCAUUCUCGAUAUCUUGUCUAUCCCAUAGCUCCACUGUAUCCAACUAGGGAACCAGCUUUCCCAUAGUUAACAUCACCGAAUUCGAUUCACCUUUGUCCGUAUCUGCGGGAC